AAGACCCAGGCCUGCGGAGGGACGUGAGGCGCAGCCCCGACCCCCGGCUCAGUCGCAAACAUCUGGGCUGGGGAAAACGGAGUGACGAAAAUCCGCGAAGCUGCGCCUGCGCGCUGGACGAUUCCAGUCAGACGCGCGCAAAAGCCAGGCCCCUCCCAGACCUCCUGAGCCCGGAACCGGGAGCCUUUGGCUUAGGAGCUGGGAGAAUCGGGCCCUUCCUACACUUGGAAAUGAAGCAGGGCCUUCUAGACAGUCCCAGCACCACGAGCCCUGAAAGGUCCCAAGAGGAGAGCCCAGAAGGAGACACAGGGAGAACAGAGCAGAAGCCUAUGGUCAAAGAUGCCUUCAAAGACAUUGCCAUAUACUUCUCCAAGGAAGAAUGGGCAGAGAUGGGAGACUGGGAGAAAACUCGCUAUAGGAAUGUGAAAAGGAACUAUAAUGCACUGAUUACUAUAGGUCUCAGAGCCACUCGACCAGCUUUCAUGUGUCACCGAAGGCAGGCCAUCAAACUCCAGGUGGAUGACACUGAAGAUUCUGAUGAAGAAUGGACACCUAGGCAGCAAGUCAAACCUCCUGGGAUGGCCUUCAGAGUGGAACAGAGUAAACACCAGAAGGGAAUGCCCAAGGCAUCAUUCAGCAAUGAAUCUAGUUUGAAGAAAUUGUCAGGAACUGCAAAGGUACUGAAUACAAGUGGCUCAGAGCAGGCUCAGAGACCAGUGUCCCCUCCUGGAGAAGUGAGUACCUCUGGACAGCACUCUAGAGUAAAACCGGAACUCAGGAGGAAGGAGACUGAAGGAAAGAUGUAUAGCCUGCGAGAAAGAAUGGGUCAUGCAUACAAAGAGGUCAGCGAGCCCCAGGAUGAUGACUACCUAUAUUGUGAGAUGUGUCAGAACUUCAUUGACAGCUGUGCUGCUCAUGGGCCCCCGACAUUUGUGAAGGACAGUGCAGUGGACAAGGGGCAUCCCAACCAUGCAGCCCUCAGCCUGCUCCCUGGACUGAGAAUUGGGCCAUCAGGCAUCCCUCAGGCUGGGCUUGGAGUAUGGAAUGAUGCCUCUGAUCUGCCGCUGGAUCUUCACUUUGGACCCUAUGAGGGCCGAAUUACAGAAGAUGAAGAGGCAGCCAACAAUGGAUACUCCUGGCUGAUCACCAAAGGGAGAAACUGCUAUGAGUAUGUGGAUGGAAAUGAUAAAUCCUGGUCCAACUGGAUGAGGUAUGUGAACUGUGCCCGGGAUGAUGAGGAGCAGAACCUUGUGGCCUUCCAGUACCACAGGCAGAUCUUCUAUAGAACCUGCCGAGUCAUUAGGCCAGGCUGUGAACUGCUAGUCUGGUAUGGGGAUGAGUACGGCCAGAAACUGGGCAUCAAGUGGGGCAGCAAGUGGAAGAAAGAGCUCAUGAACCAAAGCCAGAGAUUCAUCCAUGUCCCUCAUGCUGUCUGGCCUUCUCAAGUCAGAAAUUUUGUCAUCAUGUGGAACGCAAUCAUUCCUCUCAGAACUUCCCAGGAACAUCUACAAGAAAACUACUCCAACCAGAGAAUCCCUGACAGGGGAAACAGGAAGAGAAGCAGCAAUAUUUUGAUCCAUGCAACUCUAAUGACAAAACCAAAGGUUAAAAGAUCAAAGAAAGGUCCAAAAUCUUGA